AUGUACAGACGAGAGAAAACACAAGAGAGAUCAUACCCAUCAUUCUCUUCGACUAUUCUCGAGCAAAUAGAGCGGUCAAUAAUCGACGAGGCCGACAAACAUUCAUGUGGUGGAGUUGGUGGAGAUCGCUUGAAGCUCAAGAAUCAAACUAAUAGAGCUAUGGAAAAUGAAGAUAUCAGUAUUCUUGCCCGAGCUUGUGUAAUGGAGUAUAAGAAGGUUGGAGAUAAAGCAGUCAGCGCUCAACGAAGAAGACAGUGUUACGAUGGUAAUAAAUUAGUCCAUGAUCAUAAUAAUGAUCAUGACAUUAUGUCUUCAGAAUCUGUGCAUUGUUACACCUCGUGUUUCGCAUCGCUGAUGCCGAAGCCGCCAAAGCCUGUUCGAUCCACAACCGAAACAGAGAAGAACAGCACACACACUCGGACUAAGGUUGACCAAAUUUUGAAAUCAGGGGCUUUGAAGAUUUGCAGCAAGGUGAAACAGCCAGUUAAUUUCCUUAAUUCUCUUUUCACCGCGAAGAAAUCCAAGAGCUCCUCUUCCAUCCCUGCUGUUCAAUCACUUUCAACUUGUCCUUCGGCCUUUUCAUAUCCCAGAUCAUGUUUAAGAAAAAACUCUUCACCUUCUUGUAGGAGUGAAAAACUUGGUAAUGAAGGGAUUAAAAAGACGGUUCGUUUCCACCCUGUAAGUGUUAUUGUGGAUGAAAAUGGUCGCUCAUGCGGUCAAAAACGUUUAUACGAACCAGAAGAACAAGAACAAAAAGAUGUCGACUCAUGGAAAGUCAGAUGGUCACCGAAGAGGAAGAUGGAAGAAGGUGAUGAAGUCCAAAUGUCUGAAAAAACGCAGCGAGUGGAAAAAGCAGCCAGAGAAGAGUUUAUGAGGCAUUAUCGUCAAAUCCAAUUGAAUAACUGCAAAUUUACACUGAGAGAUUUUCUGUGCGAUGUGGAACAAGUGGAUGACGAUGCCGUUUUCUGUUCAAGUUCGGAUCGUUUCGAGCUUGAAAAUCUUGAGUAG